CAGGCUGACGUCGCUCCGGAGCUGCGGGGGCUGCCUGUGUACACAGGAUCCCACGGUCUUGGAUUGUACGACAGGGGCUGGGGUUAAAAAAAACACGUACACACACCUGACACAGCAAACAUCAACACAGUAAUAAUAAUACAUGGUGAGCAGCCGCGCUGAGCUCUGCUCGAUGGGACGUUAAUGUUUCAAAUCGUGGAGCGUAAGACGGAGCCAAGGUGGCGACAGACAAGGUUGCAGGAAAGCUGAGUUCUACUCUCUCAUGGGUGAAGAACUCUGUGUCCCAGACCGUCAGUCAGAUGGCUAGCCAGGUGGCCCCCCCUUCCUCACUGCAUCCCCCUGCAGCCACCGGCGCCUCCUCCCUGCACACUCCACCCACCACCCUGUCGACGCCCACCCCGACCCCAUCUCCGUCCUCACCCUCCCAGCUCAGCCCGGAUGAGGUGGAGCUGCUGGCCAAGCUGGAGGAACAGAACAGGCUACUGGAGAUAGACAGCAAGUCCCUUAAGUCUGUGAAUGGCUCCCGGCGCAACAGCGGCUCCUCGCUGGUGUCCAGCUCCUCGGCCUCCUCCAACCUCUCCCACCUGGAGGAGGACUCCUGGAUCCUGUGGGGGCGCAUCGUCAACGAGUGGGAGGAUGUGCGCAAGAAGAAGGAGAAGCAGCUGAAGGACCUGGUUCGGAAAGGGAUCCCCCACCACUUCCGGGGAAUCGUUUGGCAGCUCCUGUGCAACGCCCAAAACAUGCCCAUCAAGGACCAGUACUCAGAGCUGCUGAAGAUGACAUCACCCUGCGAGAAACUGAUUCGCCGGGACAUUGCCCGCACCUACCCCGAGCACGAGUUCUUCAAAGAGAAGGACAGCCUGGGCCAGGAGGUGCUCUUCAACGUCAUGAAGGCAUACUCCCUGGUGGACCGGGAGGUGGGCUACUGCCAGGGAAGCGCAUUCAUCGUGGGGCUGCUGCUCAUGCAGAUGCCCGAGGAGGAGGCCUUCUGCGUGUUCGUCAAGCUGAUGCAGGAGUACCGUCUGAGGGAGCUCUUCAAGCCCAGUAUGGCCGAGCUGGGCCUCUGCAUGUACCAGUUUGAGUGUAUGAUUCAGGAGCAGCUGCCCGAGCUCCACAUGCACUUCCAGGCGCAGAGUUUCCACACCUCCAUGUACGCCUCCUCUUGGUUCCUCACCAUCUUCCUCACCUCCUUCCCUCUGGCCGUCGCCACUAGGAUCUUCGACAUAUUCAUGAGCGAGGGCCUGGAGAUAGUCUUUAGAGUAGGACUGGCCAUUCUUCAGAUGAACCAGGCCGAGCUCAUGCAGCUGGACAUGGAGGGGAUGCUACAGCACUUCCAGAAGGUCAUUCCCCACCAGCUGGACAGCGGCCCUGACAGAGUCAUCCUGACUGCAUACCAGGUCAAGUACAACGGCAAGAAGAUGAAGAAGUUAGAGAAGGAGUACAGCACGAUCAAGACGAAGGAGAUGGAGGAACAGGUGGAGAUCAAGAGGCUACGCACAGAGAACAGACUCCUGAAGCAGAGGAUCGAUACCUUGGAGAAAGAAAGCGCUUCCUUGGCUGAUAGGUUGAUCCAGGGGCAAGUGACCCGGGCCCAGGAGGCUGAAGAGAACUACCUGAUAAAGAGGGAGCUGGCCACGGUCAGGCAGCAGAGCGAGGAGGCCAGCGCCCAGCUGGAGCAGGCCCAGGGCACCAUCCGCGAGCUCCAGCAGCGGCAGCCGGCAGGAGGGCCCAAGGUGACCCCACGGUACUCGGAGGACUUCAUCUUGCAGCUGGAGCGGGAGCUGGUGCAGGCCCGGCUGAAGGAAGCUGAAUCCCAGUGUGCCCUCAAGGAGAUGCAGGACAAGAUCCUGGACAUGGAGAAGAGGAACACGGCACUGCCAGACGAGAGCAACGUAGCCCGUCUCCAGGAGGAGCUCAUCGGGAUGAAGGUCAGGGAGGCAGAAGCCGUCACGAGCCUCAAGGAGCUCCGUCAGCAAGUCAGGGACCUGGAGGAGCACUGGCAGAAGCACCUGGCACGCACGGCGGGCCGCUGGAGGGAGAGCCCCAAGAAGAACACAGUGGGCGAGCUGCAGGACGAGCUGAUGAGCGUGCGGCUGCGCGAGGCUGAGGCGCAGGCGGAGCUGCGCGAGACACGCCAGAGGAUGUUGGAGCUGGAGACGCAGAACCAAAUCCACAGCAACCAGUUGCAACGGGCCGAGCAGGAGAGCCGCAGGCUGCAGGAACGCACGCAGCUCCUGACUGCGCAGAACAAGGGCCUGCAGGUGCAGCUGCAAGAGCUGAAGCGCAAGCAGGCGGUGAUCGAGUGUAAGAACAAAGAAGAAGUCAUGGCCGUGCGUCUCCGCGAGGCUGACAAUAUGGCCGCCGUGGCCGAACUGCGGCAGCACAUCGCCGAGCUGGAGAUCCAGAAGGAAGAAGGGAAGGUUCAGGGCCAGCUGAACAGCUCCGACUCCAGCCAGUACAUCCGAGAGCUGAAGGAGCAGAUAGCCGAGCUGAAGCAGGAGAUCCGAUGUCUGAGGCGCCCGGGGGCAUCGUCGAGCCGGCUCGAUUUUGACAGCAUCCACAUCGUCAACCACUACAUAGCCGACGACGAGUCCUACCACUCCUCGGAUGACGACGCGGCCGGUGACCCGGCGUGCCUGGCCGUUUCCCGUGCGUUUGUGCCACGGCAAGAUGCCAAGCGCAUUCUGCUGCACCCCAACCUGGCUGAGAGCGACAGCGACGGUGAGGAGGACCUGCAUCUUUCUGUCCCCUCGGAAGCACCCAGUAGCCACAAGACAACCACUGUGUAACUGCCUACAAGGCAAUCUCAUGUACCCGCCACCGUGGGAAAGAAGGCAGGGGGGGUGCUGCAAGAUUCUACUCUUGUCAGGGGGCACCUCUUUGUGGAUUUCUACAUUUUUUUUUUGACAAUAACACUUCCAUCUGAAGGCUGUAUGUCUUCACGAGGUUUGAAUUGCAUCUGCGUUUCUGACCGGGGAGAAAAGCCCUGAGACUCUGUUACAGCUGUUUUUAUGUUGUAUUUCGUUCCUCUCUGCCUUACUUUGCCAAAAACAGUUGUACCAUCACCAUGAGUCGUUGCCCAUCGUAGAACGCUGCUAGAAGCCCAUGGCUGGGACUGCCGGUCCUCGCUGGGGGGGGGGGGGGGCGGGCCAGCACAUACAACCAGGUACAACAUGGGGAGACAUUUUGUGCAAUACUGGUUUUUUAUCAAUUCUUUCUUUUGCUUCUUGACCAAGACAACUUUGCGUGUUGGAAAUGAGAAAUGUGUUAAUUGAGCGAUGAUCAAAGCAACAAUUAGCAAACGAGCAGCGUGGAACAGGCCCUACAGGACUCCCCAGAACCCAGGCGAGAGUCUGCCGGCUUUCAUGUGACCCCUUUUAUGUGGCUGUGUGGACAUGUCACAAGUGUGUUCAUUAGCCCCUCGCUCUGUCUAUACCGUGAGUUGAAGACACAAGGCCUUUUUUUAAAUUUCUGCAGAGAUUGUACAGAUUAGCCUUGAGGGACGUUCCAUUCCUUAAGCUAUUCUUAUGUGAACCGUUAGACCUUUGGCGAGCAGCGUUUUGUAAGCGUUUUAUUUAUGCAUGUUGUCAGCGUGCUAUGAGAGCAUCGACACCGUGGUUUGUGUGUCUGCGUGCGUGUCUCUCUCUCUGCUGGUUGCUCUGUGCAUAUGGGUGACCGUAAAAAUAAGGCUGUAGCUGGUUUUAAUUCUUUCAUUUCUCUCCAGUUAUGAUCCACGGUGCAACAUUAAUCAGUUGUAGCAGGUAGCCGAAGAGGAUGUAAUCAAGUUAGAACUGAAGCAAUAGUGUUGCAAAAUGAUUGUCUGAUUUUCCCCCUCCCCCUUCCUCCCCCCCCCCCCCCCC